AUAAUAAAACUAAAUUGUUUUUAAUUAACAUGCACAAUUUUUUUAGUGAUUUAAAUUGAUCAGUGAAUGCUGUUUUAUUAUUUUUUAAGUUGACUGAAAAUCAUUUACACAUUUAACGUGAAGAACAGUAAAUAAGGACAUGUACUCAAGCUCUCUAGAUUCUAAAAAAUCUAGUUCAACCUCAGAUGAUGGAAACAGUAGGGAUACUGAAACAGCCUUUGCUUUUGCAAGUUUCCAUGAGAAAGGUUUUGUUUUUCCUCGGGCCCCCUCGGAACCGCCGUUGUGUAGAAGCAUUACGAACUCAUCCUGUAGUCGAAGUGAACAAUCAGAUGCCUCCGUGAGUGAUGGACUGUUUGUAAAAACAAGAAAACGAAACAAGAGAAAAUCACAAAAAAGCCUAGUUCCUAUUGGAGUGUUUUGGGACAUCGAAAACUGUCAAGUGCCCAAAAACAAAAGUGCAUCAUCUGUAGUCCAGCGAAUAAGGGAACUGUUUUUUUCUAAUUAUAGAGAAGCCGAGUUUAUUGUCGUUUGUGAUGUUAAAAAGGAAAGUUCACAGAUUGUUCAAGAACUAAACGAUUCUCAGGUAAAUUUGAUUCAUGUUUCAUCCACUAGUAAAAAUGCAGCUGACGAGAAGCUACGACAGUCGUUGAGGAGGUUUGCUGAAAUAUAUAGAGCCCCAGCUGCUGUUGCUUUAAUUUCUAGUGAUGUCAACUUUGCUGCUGACCUUUCAGAUCUUAGAUACCGUAAGAAAAUGCAUGUUAUUUUAAUUCACAACACAAAUGUUGCAGAUGCUCUUAUUCUAUGUGCAAAUGAAACAUACAGCUUUUCGGUUAUAACUGGAAACCUACCUGAACAUAAAACAAAGAUUUGUCCUGUGCAACCAGUGGAUUUGUUUGUCACAAAUUUACCGCUGAAUUGUGACAUUGGGAAGAUAAAAAACAGGCUCCACUUUCUUUGCAACAACUGUGGUGGUCGAGUAGUUAAUUUAAACAAAUUAGGCCAAGCAACCAUCAGGUUUUCUUCUCUUGACUUUGCCAAAAGGGCCCAAAGGCGCAUGCAGGGCGAGGAUGUUUUUGGAAACAAAAUUAAUGUUUCAAAUCCAACAGCAGCUAGAGAGUCGCCAUUUAAAAGUUAUACAGGACGUAGAGUAAAAAGCAGCGAAGCAAGUGCAGUUUACCAAAUCUCAAAUUACACCUCUUCGCAACCAAACAUAACAACGGCAGAAGAUAUCCCUUCUUACAGAACACAACAAACGGUUACAGAAAGCAAUACAUGGAAAUCAGAAGAUUCAUCUCAGGAGUUAUCAACCGUGGCACAAUUUUUAACACCACGUCAACCACCCCAGGCAUUUUUCCGUCCAAUUAGAGGCCUGGGUUUGAUGGAAACGAGUUCGUUGGAGCCACGGAAAUCACUAGAGAGGCGUUGUCAGACCCCUCAAGGGGCGAUAAUGGCCGGUGCUGGUUCUUUGUCUUUCCAGGAGCAACAACAAGACGAUCUCAAUAAAUCUGGUAACGGUCACUCUUUGAAUUUAAUGCGCAGCAUUUCGUCUUCUAACAUUACAAAUCAAGGGGGCGCCCAGUCCCAAUGUGUUGAUCUCAUAAUUACGAAUUUGGACCCGGCAAUUGAAAUAAAGGAACUGCGAAAAAUUCUAAUCAAUAUGCUAAAGCAGUUUGUGAUGGUAAUGAAUUUGAGUAUUACUAGUCAAGCGGACGGGUCACCUGUUGCCACUGUGAGGGUCAGCAGUCAACAGGAGGCCCAGUUUGCCAUCUCGCAACUCCACAGGCAAAAGUUGGGACAUCGAAGGAUUACUAUUAUGUACGCACAAACCAGUGGACCCGACAUUUCUAAGCUGAGGACUUUCGUUAUGUCUCUGCUCAAGGAAGUACCCGGGAAUCGUAUGCCCCUCUUUAAAUUCGUUUCUUUAUUGGAAACGCGUUAUCGUACAAACGUAUCAGUAUCUGAUCUCUACAAGCUCAGGGAAAUUUGUAGAAUAACAGACACUCAGGGAGGAAGGAUGAUCAUGCUACUACCCGAAAUGAGAAAUUCUCCCACGCCUAAAUUGAACGAGGAAUUGACAAUGUAUUGCUGCAUCCAUUGUCCAAAUGGAUUGGAGAAGAGAGGUUGGGGAGAAGCAGAUCUUAUCGAAUUGCCAAAUGUAAAGGUAUCAUUGAAAAUGUUCUCCUCGAAAAUUUACACGCUACUUACAACACAUUCAGGAAUAUUGCCCUUACUAAGUCUUCAAAUUUGUUACGAAACGGAGCUAAGUGAGCCCCUUCCCACAGACGAAUCGGGAGUGCCACUGGAGCACCUGGUCACUUGCGUCAAAAAUGUGGAACUGAAAUACGGCGGCCCAAACAAAAACAUUAAAUACCUACAGUUGAAGACUGAAACGAAUGAAAUAGAUGCCGAAGACUCUGUAAUGAAGUAUGUGUCACCAUCGCUUAUACCGAACAUAAGUCUUCUUUGUCGUGAACUUAUAGACUUGUUGAAGACUUACGACAGGUGUCAGCUACCUUUGAACAAAUUUAUUCCUGCCUAUCAUCACCACUUUGGAAGACAGUGUCGUGUUGCUGAUUAUGGUUUUAUAAAGUUAGCGGAUCUCUUUGAAGUCCUUUCCCAUGUGGUUCAGAUUUUAGGUGAAGGCGCUAGCAGAAUGCUCACACUGUCACAUAUUGCACAAACAAGACGUUUUACCACAGAUUUGUUGCGAGUGCUGAAGGGUCAGCAGUCAAAACAGGUCACCCUCUGUGAUUUUCCUUCUGCUUAUGAGAAGACCCUCAACAAGCCCUUUAAUCCCGUAGAAUAUGGCCUUUGUAUGUUAGAAGAUCUUCUAAGUGAAGUGCCUGACAAUACUGUCGUCUAUAAUAGGGUCAACGGCCAAAUGAUAAUAUCGAUUCCAAAGAGGGAUCAAACUCCGGAGGAAGUAGCACGAACAAAACAAUUUGCUUCAGAAGUUGUGGAAUUACUGAAACAUGCACCAAACUGUUCCAUGCUUUUUAACAAGUUUGUGCCAGCUUAUCAUCAUCACUUCGGGCACCAGUGUAAAGUUUCAGAUUACGGAUUUACAAAACUUAUCGAGCUCUUUGAAGCAAUUCCGGACACUGUAAAAGUCGAAGAACUGCCUUCCGGUGAACGAAAGAUUAGUCUUCUGUUGCCUUUGGCGAUGAAAGUGCUCGAAUCUCAGAUAAUUGAUCUUCUAAAAAAUUCCCAAAUGCCUUCCAUGUCCCUUAACGCAGUAAACACUGCAUUUCUCAAGGAGUAUGGCUAUCCACUUAAGCCACAGGCAUAUGAAUGCAAUGAUAUCAACGAAUUGAUUUCCAGAUUUAACGAAAAAAUUGAGGUCGUGAACAGUAACAGUGCUGGUCCGCUGCUCCUGAUGCGCCAAGAAAACAACAAAAUGUUGGAAAUAAGAGUCUGGUCCUUGCUAUUAAAUCCUCCACAUUGUUUGAAAAUCUCCGCAUUCAUCCAGGGCUAUAGGGUGCGUUUUCAUAGCACAUUGUCCAUGUCCAAACUCGAACAAUUAAAUUCAAUUGUAAAGUUAUCGAGUGACAGUAAUGAAACAAUGGUAACGUUGACGCCUUUGUACGUAUUGGCUGCCCAAAUCUAUCACAUUCUCCAGGAGAACAAAGGAUUGAUUCCUCUAAACAAUUUGAGCGGUUUGUAUGCAAAAAAGUACGGCAGACCCUUAAAGUGUACCGAUUACAAUUUUCAUUCAAUGGAAGGGCUAUUAAACGAAUUGAACUUCGUCGCUGUGUUACGUAAAUCAAGACGAAAGUGCAGUCUCGUUUUAAAUAAAGAAUUGGCAGUGUAUGGUCUGGAUGUGAUGCCAUCAUUUCAUCAGGACCAAACGAAAGACGCAAAGGGCAAAGGUAAUUUUACAAAUUGGCCUCCGCCUCCGUUACCCCACGAUUUGUUGAACAAUACGAAAAGUUUGACACCCCCCAAACCAGACACACCAAAUAUGGACGAUCACGCGUCCUGGAGCUCGGUGUGGGAAACCCCUACAAAACCUACUCAUGAUUUUAAUUUGUCGAUUCCUAUGCCCCCCUUUCAAACUCCGAAGCUGUUGACAGAUCCCAAUGAUCUCAUUUCCCCAACUAGGAGCCUUUUAUCUGCCAACAGGUAUCCUUUAGGAUCUGUUAUCCCGUUGAUUGCGGCUCCACAUCCCAGGCAGCUUCCCAUGCCCAACAAAUUAAUUGAAAACAGCUGUUACGAGGAUGAAUUAAAUGAUUCAGGUGUUAAUACGUUUUCACAUUUGGAAAUGGAAUGUAAGGAUGUUCCGAGCAUGGAUCAUUAAAAAAAAAAUGCUGCAACUGUUGUUAAUCAAAAUGAAACAAAGUACAAACCAAUCUCUAAUUUUAUAGUUUAGAAAUAUGAAUGUCUGCUGCAUUUCUGCCUUUUGCAAAACUAAUAUGGAUCUAACGGCAUUCAUUUUGCAAAUGCAUAUGCCGUUUUAUCACAUAAAUAAAUAAAUAUAUCUAUAUAUAAAUAAUGUAUGUACAUUCCCAUGGAGUCCAAAAUCACAUCGAUUGAUUUUAAUUCGUGUUGAUCGUGUGCCAAAUUUUUAAAGGAUAGCAUUUCGAUUAUUCUUUAAAAUUUGCUGCUUGGUCACAGUGAUAAUAAGAUUAACAAAGACAGUAGUACUUAUUAUAUUAAAGGAAAAAAGUGAAAAAAAAAUUAGAGUGAGAGCAAGAGGCUUUUCUUUCGUUUUUAAUUUUGUCUUUUAUUGUGUGCGUACCUGUUAUUAAGACACGAUAUGUGAGUCAUUUUGUGGGUAAUUUGUCUUUUAUAAUGCUGUUGCUGUUAGCACACAUUAGUAGAUUUUUUUGACAUUAAUAAGAUCGAUACCCAUAUAUAUAUAUAAUAGUUGAUUCUGUGUAAUGCUGUUGUGUGAUUUUUUAAGGUAUUAAUUAAGCUCUGUAUGUGUGAUUAUUAUGUACUUUGGUUUGUUUUACACAUGACUAAGUAUUAUAUUUAAAUUAUUAUAUAGUCUAAGUCCUAGUAGUUACCCCUAUUGUACUGUUUUUUAUGUGAUUAGUUUUAAAUCAUGUGAAUACAUUUCGAUGUUGCUCAAUUUAUUAUGAAAAAAAAAACGGAUAAUUUUUGAAUAAACAAAUUUUACUAUUUUGUAAAA